AUGUGGGUUUAUUUGUGCUUCAGAAUCCGUUUCUCACAAGGAUUUAUUGAAUGCGACGUAUUCAUAUCUCAGGCGAUCCUCAAAGUUGCUUUUCAUACUAAUGUUGCGACACUUAGCUUUUUCAUGGACUUUCUUUUGAAAGAAUACGCCAUGUCCGCUAACAAGGAUUUGGUCGAAUUUUUCAGCAUUAUCCGGAUUAUGCGCCUGUUCAAAUUAACGCAGCACAGCAGUGGACUAAAAAUUCUUAUACAUACUUUCCGAGCCAGCGCCAAAGAGUUGAUUUUGCUCGUGUUCUUUCUGGUACUCGGUAUAGUAAUUUUCGCGGCCUUAAUUUAUUACGCUGAACGCAUUGAGUCCAAUCCGGAUAAUGACUUUAUCAGUAUUCCACUUGGACUGUGGUGGGCCAUUGUAACAAUGACCACUGUUGGAAAGUUAUAUGGCAUCUGCAACACGUCGUUUAAGAGUGCCUGGAUGGCCCGUGCUAAGCUGCCAAAGAAACGGCGGCGCGUUAUACCGUUGGAACAGGUGCGACUGCAGACAAAGAGAUUGACCACAUUUGAGGGUGCAGGUGGAGUUUCCGCAAAUCGCAGGUACGCGAUCAGUCGGCCGGCCGCACGCGAAAAGCAGUCCAUGUACAGCCUAGACCGGCCAGAAGAGAAUGCACCGAUCUUGGCCGACACUCACAGAGGCCUGAAAUCGUCUAGCAUAGCGAACGCGCUUUCAGAGACCAAAGUGUAA